CUUGACACUGACCUUGACGCGACGCGCGCGUUUUCUAUGGUACGAUACCUCUAGGCUCUUAUAAUCGCUUUUGCUUCACUCCGUCGUCGUUCCCCACAACACUGCACUCGAAAACCCCGCAGCCAUGUCCAAGACGCCAGCCCAGGACGUCGCCGUCCGGACCCAGGACAACGCCAGCCUGAACCCGCGCACCACCAAGUACGAGUUCGCUGGCCCCCUCGGCGCGCUCUUCGUCACCGUCACCGUCCCCAUCUUCUCCUACCUGCUCUACUUUGGCUGCUCCGAACAGAGCGGGGGGUGCUUCCUCGAGAACACCGCGCGCUGCGUUUACAAGUCGUGCGGGGACGGCCCGGACGCGGCGUGGAUGCACAACUGGGAGACGGUCGUCGCGCUGGCGAAGCGGGACCUGACGGACCCGGAGUGGUGGAAGGGGCUGUGGGAUCGGGAGGCGGCGAUUGCGUACGCGGCGUGGUAUGCGUUCUGCGUGGUGUGCUGGGCGGUGGUGCCGGGGGAGUGGGUGCAGGGCGUGAGGAUGCGCAAUGGGGAGACGAAGAGCUAUAAGAUCAAUGCGCUGCCGACUGCGAUGCUCACUCUGGGCUUGACCUUCGGCUACAUAUUCCAGAACGGCCCUGAGAAGUUCACGUUUAUCUACCACCACUGGGUCGGCCUCGUCACCGCGUCCCUCAUCUGGUCCACUGUUCUCGCGCUCUACGUCUACGCCAUGUCGUUUAAGAAGGGCAAGCUCCUCGCCGAGGGGGGAAACUCUGGCAACCCCAUCUACGACUUCUUUAUCGGUCGCGAGCUGAACCCAUCAAUCGGCUCCUUCGACAUCAAGUCCUUCAAUGAAUUGCGCCCUGGCCUCAUCCUGUGGAUGCUCAUCGACAUCAGCAUGGUCUGCGAGCAGGCAGUUCGUCGCGGUGGCUUCGACAAGGUCACCGACUCGAUGUGGCUAGUCCUCGCCUUCCAUUGCUGGUACGUGAUGGACUCGCUCUAUAACGAGCCGGCUAUCUUCACCACCAUGGAUAUCACGACCGACGGCUUCGGCUUCAUGCUUUCUGUUGGUGACCUAGUAUGGGUGCCGUUCACAUACAGUCUUCAGGCGAGGUACCUUGCUUUCAGACAUGUCGAGCUCGGGCCUUUCUGGACCGCCUUCAUUGUGGGCGUGAACCUGCUCGGUUACUACAUCUUCCGUUCCGCCAACGGGCAAAAGAACGAUUUCAGGAAUGGCAAAGAGAACAACCUGAAGUACUUCGAGACCUCCACCGGACGCAAACUGAUCACCUCGGGUUGGUGGGGUUGGUCGCGGCACCCGAAUUAUUUCGGAGACUGGCUCAUGGCCGUCGCCUGGUCGCUUCCAACCGGCUUCGCCACACCCUUCACAUACUUCUACCCCAUCUAUUUUGCAAUUCUGCUCGUGCACCGCCAGUUGCGCGAUGAUGAGGCGUGCCACAAAAAGUAUGGCGCGGACUGGGAUACCUACAAGAAGCUUGUGCCGUGGAGGAUUGUGAGAUACAUCUAUUAGGGAAAAUGCGCUUGAUAUUCUGCUGCGUCUGCGAGGCUCGAUUAUCGCGUCGCCUGCGAGGACGCGGCCCCCAUGAUAUGCUUACCUCGAACUCGAUAUCUGAAUGAACCGUCGUCCGCGAUGUUGCUAUCCUCUGCUGUGUCUUGUCGAAUAUCUUUGUAUGCUUGUGCUCACGAACGAUACGCUUUGCUACUCGUGAAG